UGGCGCCGCGUGAGUUCCCCACUGGCUGCUCUGAAAAGCCAUCUUUGCAUUGUUCCCGUGUCUGGCUCCCCGCUCGCCGCAGCCACCUUUGCCGCGCGCUUCCUCCACCGCUGCGGACUCCGGCAGCUUUUCCGCCAGAGUCUUCGAACUCUCGCUUUCUUUUUUGUCCGCUGCAUCGGAUCACCGGCGUGCCCCACCAUGUCAGACGCGGCCGUGGACACCAGCUCCGAGAUCACCACCAAGGAUUUGAAGGAGAAGAAGGAAGUUGUGGAGGAGGCAGAGAAUGGAAGAGACGCACCUGCUAAUGGGAACGCUGAGAAUGAGGAAAAUGGGGAGCAGGAGGCUGACAAUGAGGUAGAUGAAGAAGAGGAAGAAGGAGGGGAGGAAGAGGAGGAGGAGGAGGAAGGUGAUGGUGAGGAAGAGGAUGGAGAUGAAGAUGAGGAGGCUGAGGCAGCUACGGGCAAACGGGCAGCUGAAGAUGAUGAGGUGGGUUCUGGCUUGAGGGGAAGGGGGUUGGGAUCUUGCACCGUAGCUGGAGGGGCUGAUGGGACUCAGGUGUGUUUGGGGUGCUGUAUGUUUCUGAGUGGCUCCCUCAUCUUGAACAGGAAGGAACAUGGGCCCAGCUUCCCAGAUCCUCUGGAGCUGCCAGUAGGAGCUGAGGAAGUUGGUGGGUGGGCCCAGUGGGUUGGAAGGGGACCUUGA